AUGGAGGAGGCAUUACUGCCCUCUCAGAGGAAGAUGGGACAGGCAAGGUAACAGGCUCCCCUGGAGGGGCAGGAGUAGACAUGAUUUCUGACAACGGUGGAGGUGGUGGCAUGAUAGUACCAAAUCAUGCCCCUCUCGUUAAGUCAAGGUGCCUUGUACCCUAAGGCCACUCAAAUUAUUUGGGUGCUUGAGGCAGGCAAUCCCAAAAGUGUCUCUUCCCAUUCCUGGCAGUAAAAUAUUAAAUAUUAAACACAUUAAAAUAAUUUUAAAUACAUAUAAACACUUGUGCGUGUGCAUAGAUAGAUACAUAGAUGAUGAUAGAUAGAUAGAUAGAUAGAGAGAUAGAUGUCCAGAUACUAUAGUGUCCAGAUCAAGGGAAGUAAUAGUACCACUCUAUUCUGCCCAUGGACUGCAAGAAGAUCAAACCUAUCCAUUCUGAAGGAAAUCAGCCCUGAGUGCUCACUGGAAGGACAGAUCCUGAAGCUGAGGCUCCAGUACUUUGGCCACCUCAUGGGAAGAGAAGACUCCCUGGAAAAGACCCUGAUGUUGGGAAAGAUUGAGGGCACAAGAAGAAGGGGAUGACAGAGGACGAGAAGGUUGGACAGUGUUCUUGAAGCUACAAACAUGAGUUUGACCAAGCUGUGGGAGGCAGUGGAAGACAGGAGUGUCUGGCGUGCUCUGGUCCAUGGGGUCACGAAGAGUCAGACACAACUAAACAACAACAAAAAUUCUGCCUUAGUCAGACCACACUUGGAAUACUGUGUCCAGUUAUAGGCACCACAAUUUAAGAAGGAUGUUGACAAGUCGGAACGUGGGCAUAGGAGGGCACCAAGAUGAUCAAGGGUCUGGAAGCCAAGCCUUAUGAGGAGGACCUGGGUAUGUUUAGCCUAGAAAAGAGGAGAGUGAGAGGAGAUAUAAUAGCCAUCUUCAAAUAUCUCAAAGACUGUCGUAUAAAAGAUGGACUGAGCUUGUAUUCUCCUGCCCUGGAGAGUAGAGCCCAAAUGACUGCUUCAAGUUACAAGAAAGGAGAUUCCGACUAAACCAGGAAAAACGUUCUGACAGUAAGAGCUGUUCAACAGAGGGACGGUCUCCCUUGGGAGGUUGUGGACUCUUCUUCCUUGGAGGUUUCUAAGCACAGCUUGGAUAGCUACCUGUGUAGAUGAGAUUCCUGCAUUGCAGGGAGUUGGACUAGAUGCCUCAUGGGGUCCCUUCCAACUCUAUAAUAAAUAUCUCAUAACUUCCAGUCCUUUCAGUUGCCCAAACCCAGUUGCCUGAGGCGGCAGCCAUACUCUCUGCCUAAUGGUAGAGCUGGGAAGGACUUUAGGGUUAGUGACUGAAGGACUUUAGGGUUAGUGACUGCAUGGCACAGGCGGUGGCAGGAGGGGAGCCGCCCGGGGAGAGGCAGGGGCCACCCAAACAAAAGCGAAAGCACUCGCUUUGCUCCUCAGGGUCAGCCAAGCAGCCAGGAGGACCUGCCUCCUCCCUCCUCGCGCUGCCACCCCUCCCUUCCCCUCCCCCCCCCGUCCCUUCUCCCGCCAUCGCGGGCCAGCCAGACUCUGCCAGCAGCCAGAGAGAGCGAGCGAGCGAGAGAGAGAAGGGAUUCCUGGCCGGGUUCCAGGUCGGCGCACUAAUACAAGCUGCGAGGCUCCCGCCUGACUGACGCCGGCGGAGGCUGCCUGCUCGCUCGCUGCUGCUGCUGCUUUCGCGCUGGCCCCUGCCGCCGCCGGGUUACUGCCGCCGCGUCCCUUUGCAUGGUGAGUACUCUUGAGGUGUUUUUUUUUUUCUUUUAAGCGAGAGCAACUCGCUCCAGAGAAGUUAGGGCACCAGCAGCCGCCAGCAGGGAGACGGCGGGCUAGGGAGAAAAGGAGAGGCGUUCACCCCACGGGCAGGUAAGAAACUUAGGCUUUCCUUCCCCUGCCCUGCCAGAAACACAAAACUGGCUGGAGUUGGCAUCGCCACCCGCAGACUUUCUCCCCACCCCCGCCCGGGGUUUUCUUUUUUUGAUUUCCUUCCCUUUCUUUUUUUGGCUCCUCGUCUGAGCUCUGCUCUCCCGACUUUUUGCUGUCUGCAACCUCCCUCAGAUGAGCUGCUCCUUGCAAGCUUUUCAUGUUUCUUUUUUGCAUUGCACUUCAUUUCAUUGGAGGCGGGAGCUGCAUCCUGCCUAACCUCGCCUCAGCAGAAGGUGCUAAGCCCUGAACCAGCCGCUCGAGGGGACUUGCGAUGAUGCGUGUAUGUGUGUAUGCGCGCGCGCGAGAACACACACACAGUACCUCUCAUUUGAUCAUGCCGGACGAGACCCGUCUAUCUUGUGCCUAUAAUGCAUGCAUAAAAUACAUGGAGAGAUGCUUAGGCUGCCAUCCUGUGCCCGCUUUAUUGGGAGUAAUCCCGCAGACCUCGGUGGCCCAUACUUCUGAGUAGACAUGCCUAGGAUCGGCACGCAUGGUUAGCCUGCUCUCUCCCGUGGCGGGCUUCAACCCUGCGCGCACCUACUCGAGAGUAAGUGGCAGUGAGCGCAGCGGGAGCCGGUCUGCCGGGCGUUCCCCGGGGUAACCCCCGCUAUCAACAGAAGGGCGCGCGAAGCCGUCGCGAUUGCUUCGCUCUGGAACCGGAAUCACCAACAAAACAGUGUAGUGUAAACUGACCGCGCGGUGACAUCGCCCUCGUCUAUUAUUAACCUGCUGCCACUGCUCCUUGUUGGCAUCGUUAUAGAAGCUCACACUCUUUGUGCCAGUAAAGGGAAUGUGCUAAGGACGAAUCUCUCUCUUUCUCCGCCGGAUUAAUUCUGUUUUAUCUUCCCCUCCCUCCCUCCCUCCCUCCCCACUCCGCUACUUUUUUAAGUUUACAACGUGAGGUCCUUGCAGAAGGCAGCGAAAAGGCGGUUUGGUAGGAGAGACUAGAGACAGGAGACAAACUGACGCCGGCAUUGUGAUGGGAAGGAGGGUCGCCAGGCGAAACGUUUUCACGGCUGGUUAAACGCUGUCAAGCCUUCCUCAGUCUCUUUUAUUUUGAUUCCUUUCUCUCCUCAGCGAAUCAAAAGUGAAUCCGGUUCAUUUUUUAACUUCUUACGUGUUUUUAAUAAUAAAAAUAAAAAUAAUCUUUUAAUUUCUUACGUUAUGGAUACAUUUUGUUUACCAAAAUGUAUCCGCACAGUCUCAUCAUCAGAAAUAAAGGAGCACUUUAAAGACUACCCCCCCAUCAUCAUCAUCAUUAAAAUAAAAGUGGCUCUUUAAAAAUGGAAUAGAUUUAUUGUGCCAUAAGCAUAAUACUUCCAACCUGCUUGGCCCCAGUUUGAGGUUAAGAUUUGCAGUAUGAUCUCAUGCGUGUCUACUCAGAAGUAAGCUUCACUGGGAUUUCUCCCCGGUAGGUGUGUCCAACAGUGCAUAGUUAAAACUAUGGAACUCACUUCCAAAGGGGACUGACAGCCACCAACCUAGAUGGCUUUAAAAGAGAAUUGGACAAAGAGAGCACUAGGGAAGAUGUCUAGCCAUGAUGGCUGUGCUCUGCCUACGCAGCUGGGAGGCACUAAUGCUGGAAACCACGGUAGGAGAGAGUGGUCUUGUGCUCAAAUACUGUUUGCGGACAGACAUCUGGUUGGCCACUGUGAGAACAGGAUGCUGGACUAGAUGGGCUUGAUCCAGCAGGCUCUUCUUAAUGUUCUUACAUCGCAGCCUGACCAGGUUACCCACCUAGAAUUUGUCGCCAUCUAAAGGGAUGUGGGUGGUGCUGUAGGUUAAACCACAGAGCCUAGGACUUGCCGAUCAGAAGGUCGGAGGUUCGAAUCCCCGCGACGGGGUGAGCUCCCGUUGCUCGGUCCCUGCUCCUGCCAACCUAGCAGUUCGAAAGCACGUCAAAGUGCAAGUACAUAUGAAUGUUAGAAGGAUGCUGGAACGAAGCUAUAUGGCUUUAGCAGAAAUGUUAUAAAGAAUUAAGUAAAAAUAGAUUGUUAAUGGACCAAAGUGGAAAAUUUAAGGUUAGUGUGUCUUAAGUCAAAUUUUAGAACGAAAAUUGAGAAAGAUGGAAAGGACUUGCUGAAAUAGGUAAUUGAACUAGAAUACAAAAAAGGGAGGUGUGAGGAGGCCAAUGAAACAAGUAUAUGAAAGGUAAAGAUAUGGAAAGGCUAGAUGUGUUUUUAAAUGUUUUUGUUCUGUUUUUUUCGUUGUUUUAUUGUAUUGUUUUUUUAUGUAUUGUAAGGUAUUGUUUUGUUUUGUUUAAUUCUUUAUUGUUCUCUUUCUUUUUCUGUAACUUGUAAACUCUUAAUAAAUAUCUGUAAAAAAAACAAAAAAAAACAACAAAGUGCAAGUACAUAAAUAGGUACCGCUCCAGCAGGAAGGUAGACGGUGUUUCCGUGCGCUGCUCUGCUUUGCCGGAAGUGGCUUAGUCAUGCUGGCCAUAUGACCUGGGAGCUGUACGCCGGCUCCCACAGCAAAAAAAGCGAGGUGAGCGCCGCAACCCCAGAGUCGUCCGCGACUGGACCUAAUGGUCAGGGGUCCCUUUAACCUUUAAAUGGAAUUUUGGGACAAAGUGUAAAACAUAAGUUAUUAAAAUUAAAUGGUCAUGUCCAAGCCAAAGCCUUACAAAGAAUAAGCCACUGGCAGCCAUUGAUGGAUGAAACCCAAAAUUGGUAUUGUCCUGAAGUUGGAGAGAAGGUGAAUUGCAGGUGCCGUGGUGCUUUUUAAAAAAUAUCCAACUUUAUUCCUGUUACUGAUACGCGUGGAAGUGACGAAUUUGUAGUUACUAAGUGUUUUCAGGCUUGUUCCCAGCGCUAAACGUUCCAUUUCAUAGUUAAUAACUUCCCCCUUUCUACGAAUAGAGAAGUAAUACAUGCGUAAUCAAAUGCUCAUAUUCUAAAGGGCAAAAUCGUAUUCUAAGGUGGGGUAGCAUGCCCUCAGGGAAUGGAUUUUCUCAUAGUCUGGAAAUGAUAUGCAGGUUUCUUGGAAUGUAAUCAGGUUUGUGACUGUCCAGGAAGGACACUGCAGAUAAGAGAGAGAGAUGUCACAGUGAAGUCUGUAAAUACAUGCUUUUAAAAGGCAGUCUUUAGGGAUAAGCAGCUAUUGUCUUCUGCAAUGCAAUCUAAAGGUACUGCAGUAAGAUUAUUUUAAGAGCAGUAUAUCCCAGAGCAAUGGGUAGAACAAUGGUCACCAUUCAGAUUAUCUUUAUAGUCCACCCACACAGAGCUCUUCUUUCUGAUUUGAUAAUUGCCUCAGCUGCUGCCAAAGCUGCUGCUGUUGGGCUGAUUUGUGUUUGACCUUUAAAAUGAACAUGCCUUCAACUGAAUGUCUUAGUAUGUUGUGUCUUCUUACACUGCAAUCCUGCACACGGUUUCCUGAGAAUGAGCCCCACUGAAAACAAUGGGACUAAUUCUGAGAAUGCAGAUAUAGCAUUGUUCUGUUCCAUAAGUUAUACGAGAGAACAUUGGGUUAAUUGGCUGUGGAAAAUACACUUAAUUUCAAAUACUAGAGAUAAGGUUCAGAUAUACUUUUUGUCAUUGUUGGGUACUAAUCCGUGCGCUUGAACAGUUCACAUUAACUUUAAUGGAGCCCAUGUGGAAAGCAGUUCAUUAUAGAUUCCCAGUGGAUUGUUCCCAAUUUGAUAUCCUUCAGAUGUCGUUGGACUACUUCUCCCAUCAGUCUCAACCAGCCUUUGAGUCCAGCAAAAUCUGGAGGUCACCACACUGGUCACUCCUCUAAGAGACUUCCUUGUAUUGCUACAUGGGGUUCAAAGCAGCCUGCAAAUUAUCCCCGCCUCUUGAAUUACUGAACAAUUAACAGGGCAUCCAAUCAUAUUUUAUUUUGGGACACAGACUACGUUGGUUGUACUGACAGUUCUGCAGUGUGGGCCAUAGAUUGUUCAUUGGUAACACUGGUAAUCUUCUCCCCUUUUUAAGCCAAAAUGGGGGUGUGAACUUUAAAGAUGCAAUAUUUAAAGACUUUUGCCUUGAGCUGGGACAACGUAAUGCUGAGAAAAGCUGUGGAAACAUACUGCGAACUUGCGGUUCAUGACUAAGUUGUGUGGUGAGGACCACACUGUGAUGAGUUCUCUUAUUAUGUGAUGUUUCAGCUUCAGGGAAGGCAGGAGAAGGAUGCACUUACUCUGCUGAUGACUCAACUGAAUGGAGCUUUUCCAAGCUCUGCAUCGCUGGCAGGAUGAUUUCUUAUUACAUGCAGCUGCUCUGGUCCUGGUCUUUCUCACACCUCCCCGAAAGUGGAGGUGUGUUCCUUGGGUGAAGGAACUGGCACUUGGGCACACCUGGGAGUUAGGUGUUAAGCCAGAUCUGAGUUGGGAGUAAACAUGAUGAUAAGCAGAGGAGAGGGAAGGUAGACUUGCACUUCCUGUUUCACACGCUUGCCUACCUAAUUCAAAAUACAUUGUGCAUUUCCCUGCAGCAGGAAUAUGUCCUUACUUUACUAGGAAAGAGAUACAAGAUAAAGAAAUUUGUUCAGGCUCCCACUCUUCCACUGCCCCUUUUUAAUUGUGUCUGAAAUAAUUAUCAGUUUGUACCAAACUUAUUUAUUACAUUGAAAAAAACCUGCCAUUCUAGGUGCUCAAAGCAGCAUGUAUCUUAUCAUCAUUUUGUCCUGGUAAGUUAGGUCCAUGAUUGCCCAGUAAGCUUCAUGGCUGUAUAGAGACUUGAAUGUGGGGCUCCACAGCUCUAGUCCAACACACAGGCAUGACUUAUGCCCCACUGGCUGCCAGGACUUGGCUGUGCUCCUUGCAGAAGUCUUCACUUUCAUUUUGGAAGCCUGAACCCUUGGAAAGAUAUAAAAAUGCCAUUGUCCCCAGAGAUUCAGUGUCUCCCAAUUUGAUUCCAGUGCCUUUGAUUCCAGUGCCUUAACUAUUAACUACACGCUGCUUUUAUGUCCAAAUAUAAUGCAUGACUGAAACAAGUUUGCUAAGGUUCAGGGAGGACAAUUUAAUACCAAAAUAAAGUACAGUUUCCUUCUUGUUUGCUAGUCGAGAGGGGGCUGAGAUGUUUCUUUCCUUAUCUGUAUCUCAGAGGUAGCCCAACCUCUUUCCUUUUGUUCCUAAAAUUAAUGAUUCCAUGCUAUCUCUUCGAAAGCCCUCUUUGCUAAAUCAGUUCAGGCAGACCAUCUCCUCCUCAAAUACAUCUUGGCCCUUGGCUGGAAGGGAGCUAGACACUGCUAUCAGUCCUUCAUUUGCACCUUGAUUGCUAUCUGGGGUUAGUAUCCAGUCACUGGUGAGCUCCAUGAGAAGUGGAUGUGUGAUAGAAGAGAUGAAAGGAGAAGGGUGUGCUUAGGUUUGUUGCUCCAGCCUGAUCAAAUCAUGCUUUGGAGGAGAGGAAUGUAGCAUCUGAAUGUAGUCUGAUUCAGGCACAACUCUAAAGUAUGGUUCAAUGUUGCAUGCAUGCACCCUGGGCUUCUGGCCUCUCCUCCCAGCUUCUGGAGUUGUUGCAGUGAUCAGAAGCUUUGCUUCCAUUUCACUCACUGACCGCUUAUUGCUGCCUGUAAACCUGAAGCUGUGCUUAAUCUUAUGUAUUGCUAUUAUUUAUUUGUCACUUAUACAUACAGUGGUACCUUGGUUUACGAACUUAAUCUGUUCCGGAAGUCCGUUGUUAAACCAAAAUGUUCUUAAACCAAGACAUGCUUUCCCAUAGCAGUGGGGGACUCAAUUUACAAAUGGAACACACUCGACAGGAAGCGAAACAUAUUCUGCUUCCAAGGCAACGUUCACAAACCAAAACACCUACUUAUGGGUUUGCAGCGUUCUUAAUCCAAGUUGUUCAUAAACUAAGCUGUUCUUAAACCAAGGUACAGUACCACUGUACAAUGUCUCAAAAUGACCAUGGUGUAGGGCAGAGGUUGUCAACCUGGUGCCCUUCAGAUGUUGCGGGCUACAAUUCACAGCCAAUAAUAGUCAGGGAUUACAGGAGUUGUAGCUGUUCACAAGCUUUUGGGGAGUGCUAUGUUUUUGGCUAACUCUGGUUUAGGGAAACAAGCCAACUUCCUAAACCAUGGCUUGAGGAUAGCUUCUUUUAAUAAAGCACCCUAAAGACUAGCAACAUUUUGUCUGGGUUCAGGCAUAAUUAUAAACAGCUGUUAGGAAACCUUCACCUCUGUUUUUAACUAUCUCCUCCUCAUUGCCCACUAAACUCUGGCAGCAUCAAUCACCUGUUUUUCCACCUCUCUUGAUGGGGAGCUUUAAUUCAGCCUCCGCACCCAAGCAGAUUGCCAACGCAGGUGGAUGUGACAGCACAGGCACCUGUCCAGCAGGGAGGGGAAGUUUGUUGUGUAUACCAAUCCUGAUUUGGAAACAUAUUUCCAUGUCAUUCUUUGUCAUUUAUUCUGAUGGCCCUUACAUAAGGAUAACCCGGUUCUCCAUUCAGGAAACAGGAAGCCCUAAUACUGAGAUAUAGAAGUAACAUUGCACGUUAUUCAUAUUUGCAACCGUGUACUUAUAUUAGUACAUGGUUCCAGGGUUUUUGAAUCCCAGUUAAAUAAUGCAGAGGGUUAAACUGAACCUAUGCCCUGCAAGAAGAUGUUGCUUAUAUUAAUUAGAUUUGAGAUAGAAUGACAGGAAGAAGAAAUAGAAAUAAUUGUUUUAGUGUAAGUUGAGGAGCUUCUUUCUUUUUCUCAUUUUUAGAUACCAUCCAGCUAUAUGCUAAUAAGCAAUAAUGUUUUGGAAUAAAUAGUUAUAUUGAGCAACAGAAAUAGCAUUUGUGUUUCAGACCUUUCACUUGGUUUGUGCAUUGAUUAGGGUUAGAGUUAAGUAAAAAAACAACAGCAGCAACUAUAGAAUGAGGACUGCAAUGAAAAGGAAAGAGAGUAGACAAGUGUCUUAACUAUUUAGGACAGCCUUUCUCAAACUUGGGUCUCCAAAUGUUGUUGGACUACAACUCCAAACAUCCCUAGCUACCAGGACCAGUGGUCAGGGUUGAUGGGAGUUGUAGUCCAAUAAACAGCUGGGGACCCAAGUUUGAGAAAGGCUGACUUAGAACAUAUCACAGGCCAGAUGUUCAAGAAAAGGAGGCAGGAAGGUGCUAAUAGGUGUUCUAGUCCAAAACACUGGCGAUCAUCUGGUUGGGGAAAAAUUUAUUGAAGGGUUAUGGGUUUGUUCUCUCAUGCCAAAAACUCAUUGUCCUCUCAUUUUGAUAUGAAAACAAUUGUUAAUGUUAAUGUAGGCAAAUGCUAGAUUCCGUAUUGUAUUUUGCAUUGAGCUGUCAAAGUGGUUCUUUGCAUUCCUGUUAUUUUUAGCUUUCCCUCCAGCUCAUUCUGAGUAUGUAUUCUAUACUACUUUGAUGGAGGAGACCCACAGACAACAACAUUGUAUUUAUAAACGGAUGCAUUAUUUAGGUGUCACAGGAGACUUCGAGCCCCAUCUCUCAUUGGUUCAUACGUCACAGUAAGCCAUAGUUUCAAACUGUGGUUUACUGUGAAGAAGUAAAAGUUGCAUGCUGUUCAGUUCUGGUGGGUAAGCUUGAGUUUGUUUGGAAUUAUAGCAUACCAUUACAUUGAAAAUGGCAUGUUGAAAUGCUCAGGACUUGCACAAAAUCACAUCAUAGCUGUCAGGGGUUCAGGAGCAGAGGCAAGGGCAAGGGAGGAAACAGAGAGCGAGGGGGAGGAGGCAGAAGAAAAGAUGAGUGAUGACGACGACCCGAGAUCUCCGAGUCUUUCCAGUGAAUCAGAAGAUUCACAGAAAGGAGCACCAGUGGCCAGGGCAAGGGGGAGCCUAGGGGACGCCCCAGGAAGAUAGAGCCAGAGGGGACUCAGAGGGGAGCAGUUGGAAAUCGGGACCAGCGUCACCGCCAGAGAGCAGGGAAGAGGAAGGGAGCCAGGGAUCAAGCGCUGGCAGCUCACAACAGGGGGGAGGGCACGAGUCAGGAGUGGCCACACCUCCAUCGGGGAGCGAAGAAACGGUCAGACGGAAGGUGGAAGGUUGGGCGCGCGCGCCAAGUUCAAAUGCACAGGAAGGUGGCACAGUAGGCAGCCCGGAAAGGGAGCCAGGUCCUAAAGCCCGCCGAAAGGAGGGAGAAGAGUCAGGGGGCGUCAGCGUCAGAGGAAUCCCGGAAAGAAGAGACCCCAGGGGGCAGAGGGACCCAGAGAAGAACAGUCAGGCGGAAAAGGUGGAGCAGGGCUAGGAUAUUAAGUUGGUGUACAAGGGGCGGAGACUCAGACGGAGCUUCGCCGGUCUAACCAUGAGACGUAGAGUUGCACGCAGCAGUUUGAGAAUGGAAACUGUAACUCAAUAAAGACUUUUGUUUAAUGAUCGCUGGCUAGCGUGAUCCUCUGUGAGCUAGGAUCUGGAAGCAGCUCUGACAGUAAGCUCCGUCUCUAUAAAUUGUGGGCAUCUACAGCCUCGCGGAGAGGAGAGAAAGCGGGUGCCUACUAGCGAGCUCACGAAAGGCAGACAAUAUGACGGCCGAACAGCAGAUAGCGGAACUCAGAGAAGCAGUGUCACGACUGAAUGCCGAGGCUCUUGCAUCCAGGAAGAGAGAGGAGGACGCAGCUGCCGCCUACAGGGAUCUCCAGGUCAGGUUGGAAGUGCUUACGAAGCAAGGGCAACUGACACCCAAACCGGAGGGGAUUGGGUUGGGGAGACGAACAGGCGGUCUGGUCUCUCACUUCGAUGGGAAUUUGCAACAGUACCCCAACUUUAGAGCAGAUGUAAUGUGUGCACUGCAACUGCUGGACAAAGACUUUAGAGAUGAGCAAGAGAAGGUGGGAUUCAUCAUGUCCCAUUUGCAUGGAGAUGCUAAAGCAUGGCUGCGCAAUUUGUGGAGAGAUAAGGAUCCGGCGCUCCAAAAUGCGGAUGCCUUUAUUAAAGCGAUGGAUGGGUGCUUUUUAUCAAGCAUUGACGUGGAUCUUGCUCGGCAGCAGAUACAUGGACUGAAGCAAGGGAGGGCCAGCGUAAGGCAGUACCAUGCCCGCUUUUUCGCUUUGGUCAGUGCUCUGGAAUGGGACAGAGAUUCGGCUCCUGUAAGAGACCUGUUUUGGGAGGGAUUGCACGGCUCGGUUAAAGAUGAAAUUGCGAGGGGGGAGAGACCCCGGACCACGCAGGAGAUCGUUCAGAGGGCGCUGGCGGUGGGGGUGCGGCUGGAAGAACGUCCGUGGAGCAGGGACGAAGGGCGUGGAGGGCGCGAACCAGCCAGGGGCUCCUCCUUCCUUCCCAGAGAAGCAGCGCGUGCGCAAUCCACGCCCCGCCAGGAGGAGGAGCGGAACCUAUGGAGGUUGGAGGUGCAAGGGCUCAGUCAGCAGCCAGAGCCCUAGCACCGGCAGCAGUGAAAGCGAAGCCUCCUAGAGGGAACAGGAAGUGUUACAUCUGCGAUGCUCCACAGCAUAUGGCGAAAGAGUGUCCCCAGAGGCUCCACAAGCACACUGCAGCUUCAGCAAUGGUAACUGCAGCAACGCAGCAAGGAGAACCACAGCAGGGAAACGACGGAGUCUGGUUGGAGGAAGAGGCACUGGGGCCCAGCCAGACGUGUCAGUGAAGCAGUCCCCAGAGAUUUUACAGCCCAUGGACCCCUCCCGCCCAAACCAGUAGUGAGGCUCACCGCGUCGCUCCAGCUGCCCAAUGGAAUCACCAUGGACGUGCCAAUCACCAUUGACUCCGGAAGCAAUGCGGACUUUAUAGGGCAGGACUUUGUCGACCGGCACGCUAUACAGUUGCUGCCUGCCACGCUGCCCCUGCAGGUUGUCACGGUGGAUGGCAGGGAGCUGCUAGGGGGGCAAGUGGUGAAGCAGACGCCACCAAUGGUGAUGCGGCUUGGGAAUCACAGGGAAAUCAUCAGCUUCAAUGUCACUCAACUAUCGGACACGCCCAUUGUAUUGGGCAUGAGUUGGCUGGACAAGCACAGCCCGACGCUGGCUUGGUACCAGAGGCAGCUGACCUUCGGCUCUUCCUUUUGCGCUGAACACUGCAUCGUGCCCCGGCAGGAAGGAGAGGAAGAGGAGUCACAGCUGCAGCUAGGCACGCUGCAAGCGGUUCCCCACAAGUACGCAGAAUUUUUGGAGGUUUUCUGCGAGAAGGAGGCAGACAGGCUACCCCCCCACAGACCAUAUGACUGCAAAAUUGACCUGCUGCCGGGGGCGGCGCUGCCCAAAGGGAAGCUGUAUUCCAUGUCUGAGGACGAACUGCAGGAACUCAAAGAGUUCAUAGAUCAUAAUUUGGAGCGCGGUUUCAUCCGAGAGUCCAAGGCAGCGGGGGGCAGUCCGGUAUUCUUUGUUAAGAAGCGGGACACGCCCCAGAAAAGACUUGUAGUGGACUAUCGCAUUUUGAACAGCGUGACCAAGCCAUCGGACUUCCCCAUGCCCCGAAUCGAUGACCUCCUCGCAAAGGUACGGAAGGGCAGCGUGUUCACUAAGUUGGACCUGCGAGGGGCGUACAACCUCAUUCGCAUGCGGGAAGGAGAUGAGUGGAAGACAGCCAUGUUCACGCCCCUGGGCACCUACGAAUAUAGAGUUAUGCCUUUUGGAUUGCAAAAUGGUUCCCACGGUUUUCAAGCGUUCAUGCAUCACGUGUUGGCGGGCUCCUCUACAAGACGUGCGUCUGUUUCUUGGAUGACAUCCUGAUCUUUUCGGAAUCGCAGCAGGAGCAUGACAGACACGUCAAGGAAGUGCUGAGCAGGCUACAGCAACAUAGGCUUUACGCCAAGCUGGAGAAGUGCCAAUUCGACGUGACGGAGGUGGAUUUCCUGGGCUACAAGUUGUCUGAUAAAGGGCUCGCCAUGGACAGCGCCAAGGUCCGAGCAGUGUUGGAUUGGAAAAGCCCACGCAACCGGAAGGAGGUCCAACGGUUUGUCGGCUUUGCGAACUUCUAUCGCAAGUUUAUCAAAGGCUUUGCCAUGCAGACAGCGGCCAUCACGGACACGCUCUGUGAUGGGAUGAUGAGCUGCUUGUGCGUAAAAUCGUAUCCCCUCAGAGUUUGUUCAAGUCCACAAACCUCUGUCUGUGACAGAGCCCCUCAGACAUGGCUACUCUAGUCACUAGCAGAUUCCGACAGUGGUUGCUUUCGUAAUCGCUUCCAACAUAAAAGCUCCUUAACGGAAACACGUCUUCUGGAAUCUCUGCGUGACAGUUUCCGGCGAGGAGUGGGUGUUCUUACAGGAGGUCCUGAAACCUCUCCACUGUUUUCGCUGGAAGUGUCUCUGAGCCAUCCCUCCAGCUCAGCUCCUCUCCCCCUGCUGGUUCCCUCAUCAGCUGCUGCGUCUCUCCCAACCUGUGUGAGCCCUUUCACCUCCCUGUUGGUUUCCUCUUCAGCUGCUGCGUCUCUCCCAACCUGUGUGAGCCCUUUCACCUCCCUUCCGUCCGAUGGCAGUUCCCUGACAUCCACCUCCCCUCCAGGGCCCCCUUCACCCCCUCUCGCCCCCUCCUCUACGGGCGGUGAGGAGGCAAAACCCCGGAAUGAACUUCCUUCAUCUUCCGAUGUCUCGAACACUUCUCUCAACCUGUUGCGGUUCCUGGUCUCGAAGUACACCUCCUCCUCAGAGUCCAUCUCCCCUUCCCCUUCCGAGUCCGGGAAUCCUUCCAACUCCUCCCCUUCAUCAGUGGUCCCAAAGUAUUCCCUCCGGAACCUCUCCACAGGCUGAGGUUUCCUUGGGAACCUUUGAUGGAACGUUUCUAUCAAUACCUCGUCAUUGAUAUCUUCAGCCAUUACCCAAGUGUUUUCUGACUCCGGUUCUCCUUCCCACGCUACCAAAUACUCCACCUGAUCCCCCUUCCACCUGGCGUCGAGGAUUUCUGCCACAUGGCUGCUGCAUUCUCUUUCUUCUACGACCGGUCCCCGAGUGGCCAGCCCUUCUCGUCCCCCUUCGUACGGUGACAGUAACGACCUGUGAAAUACUGGGUGCAGUUUCAUGUGGUUGGGUAACCGGAGCCUGAAAGCCACUGGGUUGACCUGUUGAAUGACCUCAAAGGGACCCAACCUCCUGGGUCUUAAUUUCUUACAACCUCCUUUGAACGGCAACCCUUGGGUUGACAGCCACACCCUAUCUCCCACCCUUAUGGUUUCACCUUCCCUUCGGUUCUUGUCUGCCUGCCUCUUGUAUUCUUCCUUCGCCCUUUCUAAGUUGAGUUGGAGCUGACGAUGGAUUGCUUCCAUUUCUUCCACAAAAUGCUCGGCUGCCGGGACGCUCCAUCUCUCCCCUCUCCCCUGGGAAAGCCCUGGGAUGACACCCAUAAUUAGCCAAGAAGGGGCUCAUCCCUGUGGACACAUUCUCGGCAUUGUUGUAGGCAAAUUCCGCCAGCGCCAACUUUUCUACCCAGUCAUUCUCUCUGUCAUUGACAUAACACCUCAGGUAUUGCUGGAGGACACCGUUUGCUCUUUCCGCCUGCCCGUUGGUUUCAGGGUGCCGGGCAGUCGAAAAAUUGACCUCCACCUGCAGUAAGCUCAUGAGCUUCCUCCAGAACCUGGAAGUAAAUUGUUUUCCUCGGUCUGAGACCACCCUCAAUGGCACCCCGUGCAACCUAAAAAUGUUUUCUACAAAUAACUUCGCUGUCUCUUCCGCCGUGACUGCAUGCGAGCAAGCUACAAAGUGGCACAUCUUUGUUAGUAGGUCUACCACCACCAUGAUGGCUGUUUUCCCUUUGGACUUCGGCAGAUCAGUCAUAAAAUCUAUCGACACUGCCUCCCAAGGUCGUUCUGGGGUUGGUAAGGGUUCUAAUAGCCCCGCCGGCGCCCGCCUUUCCCCUUUGGCUCGCUGGCAUUGCUCGCACCCUCUUACAUACUCACGUACAUCUUCCCUCACCUUAGGCCACCAAAAUUCCCUGGUGACCAACCACAUGGUUUUGUGUUGUCCAAAAUGCCCCGCCGUAGGGCUGUCGUGCAACUGCUUGAGUACCCUCCCCCCUUAACUCUCCUUCAGGGAUAUACAGUGCCCCUUUGUAAUACAAAGCUCCAUUUCUUUCCUCGAAACCCCCCUGGUUCCUCUCCAUCACCCCUAAGACCUCUGAGCUUAUUCUGGGCGUAUUCAUCAUUCUCUGUUUCCUCUACCAGUUCUCUUUGUCCCACCAAUGCCGCCCCACACACCCAGCGGUCUUCUGGAAUGACAUGUCUCUCUUCGGGUGCCCCUCCCCUCCAAAUAUUCAGGUUUGCGUGAGAGAGCGUCCGCCCUAAUGUUCUCUGGGCCUGGCACGUAACUAAUCUCAAAGUUAAAUUUGGAGAACUCCUGGGCCCAUCUCACUUGCCGUUGGUUGAGCACUCGUGCCGUCCUCCAAUACUCUAGGUUCUUGUGGUCAGUGCACACUUGCACCUUAUGUUGUGCGCCAAUUAGCAGGUGCCUCCAUCUCCGGAACGCCUCAUGAAUGGCUAGUAGUUCUCGGUCAUACACCGUGUAGUUCCUCUCGGAUUUGUUCAGCUUUCGCGAAAAAAGGCACACGGUCUCCACUCUGACCCCUUCUUGCCUGGCUGCAGAAGCACCGCCCCAAUCGCUCUGUCUGAUGCGUCAGUUUCCACUCUCAUCGGUUUUUGUAAAUCCACAUGCAGGAGUUGUUGUUCCGAGGCGAAGGCCCUUUUAGUUCCUCAAAUGCUCGCUCCGCCUCCUCAGUCCACACGAACUUCUUCUUACUGCUGAGACAGUCCGUAAUGGGCGCCGUCAGGUGGGCAAAGUUUCGGAUGAACUUACGAUAGAAGUUCCCAAAUCCUAGGAACCUCUGCACAUCCUUCUUUGUUUUGGGUGUUUUCCAUUCCAGCACAGCCUGGACCUUGCCGGGAUCCAUGGCCAAUCCCUUGUCUGACAGGCGAUACCCCAGGAAUUCCACCUCCUUGGUAUGAAACUGACACUUCUCCAGUUUCACCCACAGCUGGUUGGCUUGCAGCCUGCUCAACACUUCUCUGACGUCUCUCACAUGCUGCUCCUCAUUCUCAGAAUACACCAACACGUCGUCUAAAAGGCCACACAAUUCUUGUAAAGCAAAGGCCCCAGGACGUGGUUCAUAAACGAUUGAAAUGUUGCGGAGCCUCCUUGUAGGCCGAAGGGCAUAACCAAAUAUUCAAAUGCCCCUAAAGGGGUGAACAUAGUGGUUUUCCAUUCAUCCCCCUUCCUUAUUCGUACCAGGUUGUACGCCCCCCUUAGGUCCAGCUUUGUAAAAAUCUUUCCCUUCCGCACCCUUGUCAAAAUGUCGUCAAUCCUGGGCAUAGGGAAGGCUACUGGUUCUGACACUGCAUUUAAGGCCCUGAAGUCACACACCAGCCUCGGCUUGUUCGUGUUUUUCUUAUCCACAAAAACACUGGGCUGCCCCCCACCGCCCUGGACUCUCUGAUGAACCCUCUCUUCAGGUUCUUGUCAAUGAACUCUCUUAACUCCUGCAUCUCUCUGUCUGACAUGGCGUACAGCUUGCCUACAGGGAGCUGUGCUCCAGGGAGUAAGUUGAUUUGACAGUCAAAGGGUCUAUGCGGGGGUAGUUGGUCAGCUUCCCUUUCGCUGAAGACGUCACGGAGAUCUGCAUAUUGUCGUGGUACCUUCACGUUCUCUGUUACUUCAGUCCCUGCUAGGGUGGCUUGGACCCCUGCCAAACCCUUUCCCUCUUUGCAGUGUUCUAAGCAAUGUGCUGAACCAAAAGAAACCACUCUCUGAUGCCAGCCCACCAGCGGAUCAUGUAACGCUAGCCAGCUCAUCCCCAAUAUAAUGGGAGCUCCUCCCAAGGUGGCCACAUUAAAAGCUAUCAGUUCGGUGUGCCUUGCUACCUUCAUUAUCAUUGGGACGGUCUGCAAGCUGACUUCUCCACCCAACAGCUCCCUGCCAUCGAUCGUGGUCACCUGCAGGGGGCUGCUUAAAGGGAUUGUCUGUAUCUGGUGUUCAGCUGCAAACUCUUUGCUCAUGAAAUUGCAGGAGCUGCCUGAGUCCAACAGCGCCUUUAUCUUUAGAGGGUGUCCGUUUGGCAGCUCUAGCGUCACUUCUAUCACUAGGGCGGGUUUAGGAGGUUCUGGCGUGGGCACUCUCACUGCUCUUUGGCCUGGCUGCUGUGCCCCGACAAUGGCAGCCAGGCGUUGGCUUUUAGUUGCUCCGGUAUUUUUUCCUCUCUUCCCUCCACAGCUCCCACCAUCCCUUGCCAUUCCUUCCUCUGGGGGCAGACUCUGGCAAAGUGCCCUGGCUGUUGGCAGAGAUAGCAUUUCCGGGCGCCUUUUCCCUCCUUCUUUGCCCCCUCACUGGGCUUUGAAACUGCGCGCGCGCGCUGUUCCGAUUUCCAUCGGCUCUGCCGGUGGGAAAGUUGGCUCUGGAAUGUCUGGAAUGCGGAACUCCUUCCAACGUUCCCCUUUCCCUUCCCGCCUCUCCAAUGCUCUCGCCUCCUGGCGCGCUCCUAUGGCCAGCGCUGAUUUGGUCAGCUGGUCCAUAGACUCCGCCCUGGGCGCCCGGGAAAGUUCGUCUUUCACAGCCGAAGAAAGCCCUUCUUCAAAGAGCAUUUGAAUGGGUUCCGCCGAUAAGUCCCACCCCAAUCUGUGAACAAGCAUGGUGAACUCAGUCCAGUACUCACGGACAGAUCGGCUCCCCUGUUUGCAACCCAUUAACUGUCUGCGCACCACUCCCUUUUCAAUAUCGCUGGAAAACAUCAGAUCCAUGGCGCGAAAGAACUUCAUCGUGUCUUUUAAAACGUCACUAUUCGCUGCCAUCAGGGGUCUAACCCAGUCUCUCGCCCCUUUUCAAGAUGCUCAAUCACGAAAGCCACUCGUGAUUCCUCGUCAGGGAAUUCAUCAAACUGCAGAUUGAGGGCAUUUUGCAUUUCUGUCCGUUAGCCAUGUUAGUUUUUGGGCUCGCCCCCACACGUCUGGACCCAUCCUGGUACAUUUGUGGCGAACUGGGUGGCUUUCCCCUUUGUCUGCAUCCUGAGCCCUCCUCUCCUCAAGCCUCGCCGUCUGCAUCGCUAGCUGGACCUCCAACAUCUGGUACCUUUCUUCCAGGCUUGGACCCGCUCCAGCUCCUGCUUCUCCGGUUCCGGCUGGGUUGCUCAUGAUACCUUCUCCUGCACAAGCUGCUUUCAAAGACUGUCGGAAUGCUGUGAUGGGAUGAUGAGCUGCUUGUGCGUAAAAUCGUAUCCCCUCAGAGUUUGUUCAAGUCCACAAACCUCUGUCUGUGACAGAGCCCCUCAGACAUGGCUACUCUAGUCACUAGCAGAUUCCGACAGUGGUUGCUUUCGUAAUCGCUUCCAACAUAAAAGCUCCUUAACGGAAACACGUCUUCUGGAAUCUCUGCGUGACAGUUUCCGACGAGGAGUGGGUGUUCUUACAGGAGGUCCUGAAACCUCUCCACUGUUUUCGCUGGAAGUGUCUCUGAGCCAUCCCUCCAGCUCAGCUCCUCUCCCCCUGCUGGUUCCCUCAUCAGCUGCUGCGUCUCUCCCAACCUGUGUGAGCCCUUUCACCUCCCUGUUGGUUUCCUCUUCAGCUGCUGCGUCUCUCCCAACCUGUGUCAGCCCUUUCACCUCCCUUCCGUCCGAUGGCAGUUCCCUGACACGCUCAGCUCCAAGAAAAAGAAGUUCAUCUGGACAGAGCAGGCGGAGCAGUCCUUUCAGGCACUCAAGCGUCUCUUCGCGUCGGAAGGGCAACUGCUUCAUGUCAACCCCAGUAAGCCGAUGAGGGUGGAGACAGAACCGUCGGACAGAGCCGUGGGAGCAGUCCUGCUGCAGAAGGACCCGCAGGGGGUUUGGAGGCCGGGAGCGUUUUACUCAAGGAAGCUCAGCAAGUCCGAACAGAACUACACCAUCUGGGACAGGGAGUUGCUGGCCAUUCAUGCAGCGUUCAAAGCGUGGAGGCACUUCCUGAUCGGCGCCAAGCACACGGUGCAGGUCUGCACGGACCACAAGAAUCUAGAGCACUGGCGCACGGCACAGUUCCUGAACCAGAGGCAGAUACGUUGGGCUGAGUUCUUUGCGAAUUUCGACUUCCGAAUAGAGUAUGUCCCGUGGGACACCAACAUCAUGGCGGAUGCUCUCUCCCGUAAGCCGCAGUAUCUGGAGGAGGCAACGCCAGCGGCCGCCAUGCACAUCUUCGCACCGACAGUGUGGGCGUGCACGGCGGCAACAGUUGACCUGGAGGCGGUGCGACGAGCGUUGCAGGAUGACUCCUUCGCGCAAGCAAAGAUGGCAGAGGCGCACAGGGGCACGGCAGCGACCGACGAGUUCCAGCUGCGAGAUGGUUUGCUCAUCCGUAAAGGGGCCAUCUACGUGCCGGGAGACGAACUUCGCGCCAAGGUACUGCAGCAGCUGCACGACGCGCCCACUGCCGGGCACUUUGGCAAGGAGAAGACGGUGGAAUUAGUAGCCAGAGACUUCUGGUGGCCAGGAAUGAGAGGGGAAGUCGCGGACUACGUGGCGAGGUGUGACACCUGCCAGAGGGCCAAACCAGUGCACAGACCGCCGGCCGGAUUGCUGGAACCGCUGCAAACUCCGUUCGAACCAUGGGAGAGAGUGGCCCUGGACUUUGUCACGGAUCUGCCCAGCUCGAGGGGCAAGACGGCUGUGCUGGUGGUGGUGGACUUGUUCUCCAAGAUGGCACAUUUCAUUCCGUGUGCGAAGGUGGCCACGGCGGAACAAACCGCCAAACUGUUCAUAGACCACGUGUUCAAGGUUCACGGUCUGCCGCGGUCUAUUCUGUCCGACCGAGGGCGACAGUUCAUCUCGAACUUCUGGCAGAGGCUGAUGGGCUUCCUGAACGUCAAGAUCAACCUGGCGUCGGCUAGACACCCGCAGACCAAUGGGCAAGCGGAGCGGGUCAAUGCCAUCAUGCAGCAGUACCUGAGAUGUUAUGCGAAUCAACAGCCUGCGACGUGGGUGGAUUACCUGCCUCUCGCCGAGUUCGCCUACAACAACACGAAGCACGUGUCCACGGGGGUCACGCCGUUCUUCGCCAACAACGGGAGGCACCCCAGAACCUUCCCGGGACUGGAAAGAAUGGGGGAGGGGGAGCCGCAGACAGCAGAUGCAUUCGCGUCGGAGUUGCAGGAGGUCCACGAUCAGCUGCGGCGGCACCUGGAGCUGGCUAAACACGCAUACAAGGUACAAGCGGACAAACACAGAAGGGUUGGCGAAGAGAUCCAUGUGGGAGACUGGGUCUGGUUAGCAGCCCACGCAGUGCCGGCCAGGUCGUUGGCGAAGAAGAAACUAGGGCAUAAACAACUGGGGCCCUACCAAGUCGAAGAACAGGUCAACCCGGUGGCUUUCAGGCUGGCUCUUCCGGAGGGUUCCAGGAUGCAUCCGGUGUUCCACAGAUCGGUGCUCACUCCAUACAAGGCACCUCACAGGUUUCAGGAACCAGGAACGGCACCGGGUCCGCUCCGAGAGAGAACCGGGCAGGGGGGAGUGGCACGGGAGGAGCGCAUCAACGAAGCCACGGAGAUUUUGGACUCCAGAUGGGGUGAAGAGGGGGUAGAAUACCUUCUCGCCAAGGAGGGCACCCCGGCCAGUGCCAACAGCUGGGUGCCGGGCUACGCUUUAGACGAACCUCUGCUCAAAGAAGAGUUUCAUGCCCUCUUCCCACAUAGGCCAAUGCCAGCAGACUUUUUCGACGACUGGCUUUUCACGCCCACGCUUUCAGCCAGCACGCUCCGGGGUUCGACUCGGACGAGGAACCGACACGAGACGCCCGUUCCCCGGAGGGGUCACCCUCGGGAUCUGCUUCAGAACCCUCGUAUUGGUGGGAUGAUCGACCAGAGGAGCAGUUCCGCAGAAGGUGGCUGGAGGGUCCAGGACGAGCAACGUCUCCAGAAGGUAACGAGGGAGAGACGGACAUGGACGCUUCGGGACGACCCGGGUUUCGAGCACGGCGGCACAGAGAUGGAAGCGGAGGUGACCGUCGUCAACGAGAGCAGGGAGGAAGAACCGGAAGACUUCAGAUGGCGGCCCGCCACGGGAAGCGAACUGUAUCCGACAUUCGUCCCCUGACACGGCAGCACCCAGAUCCCGCACCGGAAGGAGGGGAGGGGGAAGAGGGGGCUUCGAGGGGGAUGGAUGUCAGGGGUUCAGGAGCAGAGGCAAGGGCAAGGGAGGAAACAGAGAGCGAGGGGGAGGAGGCAGAAGAAAAGAUGAGUGAUGACGACGACCCGAGAUCUCCGAGUCUUUCCAGUGAAUCAGAAGAUUCACAGAAAGGAGCACCAGUGGCCAGGGCAAGGGGGGAGCCUAGGGGGACGCCCCAGGAAGAUAGAGCCAGAGGGGACUCAGAGGGGAGCAGUUGGAAAUCGGGACCAGCGUCACCGCCAGAGAGCAGGGAAGAGGAAGGGAGCCAGGGAUCAAGCGCUGGCAGCUCACAACAGGGGGGAGGGCACGAGUCAGGAGUGGCCACACCUCCAUCGGGGAGCGAAGAAACGGUCAGACGGAAGGUGGAAGGUUGGGCGCGCGCGCCAAGUUCAAAUGCACAGGAAGGUGGCACAGUAGGCAGCCCGGAAAGGGAGCCAGGUCCUAAAGCCCGCCGAAAGGAGGGAGAAGAGUCAGGGUCAGCGUCAGCGUCAGAGGAAUCCCGGAAAGAAGAGACCCCAGGGGGCAGAGGGACCCAGAGAAGAACAGUCAGGCGGAAAAGGUGGAGCAGGGCUAGGAUAUUAAGUUGGUGUACAAGGGGCGGAGACUCAGACGGAGCUUCGCCGGUCUAACCAUGAGACGUAGAGUUGCACGCAGCAGUUUGAGAAUGGAAACUGUAACUCAAUAAAGACUUUUGUUUAAUGAUCGCUGGCUAGCGUGAUCCUCUGUGAGCUAGGAUCUGGAAGCAGCUCUGACAAUAGCACUUAAAAAAAACCAAAAAACUUAUCUGUGGAUUGUUCCAAAUACACUUGUGCUGCUAGGCUUGACAGAGAAACCUUAGCAAUGUUUCUCAUGAAAAUUACUAAUGUAACUUUAUUGCCUGUCAUAUAUUCCCCCCUCUUCUUUUAAAUAUUCAGUUGUCAAGACAUCACCAAUAUUCAUUUUUUAAUGCCUCUUUGUACAGGAACUUUGUUUGAAUCCGCUCUGUAGCUGCUUUUGAAAUUUGUCCAUUUGCAAUUUUGACCACUUUCACUUAUUGCAAAGUAUGUUAGUAGCCCAGAACUAAACAUCUGAGCAGGCAAAACCUUAUCUUGGGAAAAGGGAAGGAAAUAACUGUUGCGUACAGCUUCUUUUCAGACGCAAAGAUCUGCAGUGCUUUUCUUUAGCUAUAAAUUAUGCACAGGACAUUAUUUUCUUGCUGGAUUUCAUAGUGUCUGUCGUCUCCCAGCUGAAAGCCUCAUGGUCAUUAACUGGAAACGACAUGCUAUGCAUCAUUUUAAGCUGCACAGGUGGGCCUUGCCAGUGAACAUGAGAGCUACCUGAAACAUACAUGGCCUCUCCCUCAAAAAUGCUGCCAUUUCAAUGGCACAGUGACCCUGUUGCUGCUUGGUGGACAGAUAUUGCUUACAAAAACAUGUGGAGUGAUGUCUUUCGCUGUGAUCAUCCUCAUCUUGUGUGAUAUUAAGGUGCCACAUUACGGCUGGUCUGAUGCAAUGCAGUACUGGCUAGAAAUAAAUAAUUCCUAUUUAUCUGUGUCGUAUAUUGUGGGCAGAAGGCAGCAUUUUUCAGUAGUUCCAUUUGCACUGGAUAAUUUCUCUCUGUGUUGCAGAAGACCCAAUAGCUGCCAAGGUCCAGAAAGGCAUGGAGUAGUUCCAUCUUACUGUGGCCUCACAUUGCAUAUAUACACCAACUUUACUUAAUGAUAUGCAGCACAAUCCUUUUCAACUUAACCCCCCCCCCAAAAAAAAUACUUGCUUGGUCUAGUCUUCCCUGCAGCUGCUUCUAGCUUCUAUUGAAGUCACUUACGUUUCUACAUAUAAGACUGGAAGAUUGCACCUAAGGCCUUAGCCAAGUUCAUAGACUUAACAGGAUUUUUGAGAUUUGGACAUCACUUAGGAUUCUUUCUGCUCCUCUGUUAUUAGAUUCAGUGGACUGGUUGUGCGGAAGGCAUGGAGGCCAACAGAAGGUGGCACCAGAGCCAGUUGCAGGCAAAGCCAACUAAUUCUUGUUUUGUCCCCCAUCCUGCUGAGUUCUACAAGAGCUGCAAUGAGAUUAAGGAGGAGGGAGCAGAUAGACAGGGUUAGUCCUUGGACUGGCUCUAAGUAAGAAAGAAGAGGCUGGGGGUUAGCUGAGGGAAGAAUGAGGUUAGCUGGGGCAGUGCUUCAUGUGCUCUAAUGGAGUAGCCUCUGCAGUUUAGAAACCUUGCUCCAGGAACUGUCUUCAGAACUUCUGUUGCUGGUGUCUAGGUGACUUCAGAUCUAGUCUGUCCAGCUCAUCCUCUUCCCUUUGGCACCUGCCUACUUGGCACUCUUAUCUUCCUGUCCCUUAGAGCUUAUAGUGUGGGUAGACUCCAACUCUCUUCAGCCCCAGCCAAUAUGACCAGUGGUCAGUUAUGAUGGGACAUGGAGUCCCAACAGUAAGUGAGAGUCACAGGCUCCCCAUUCCUGGCUUAAAUUGCCUCUUUCUCACGCUGUGCAACCUGAAACAACCAUUUCUCCUAUUAUUUUACAAAUUUAUAAAUAGAUGUAUGUAAGGAGAGCUGUUUCAAGAGGUAGAAGUUGCCAGAAAGACUGCCAGCUUUGCUUGGCCCAAAGGAGAAUCUCCGCAUGCUCUGGACUGUGUCAAGUCACUUGUUUUCUAGCAGUUCAAGCAGACAGGAAUUGUUGUUGGGAGAAAAACAGCGUGACAAUCACAGACUCUGAGAAGGAUGCCAACUAAAACAUGCUCAAAUAGCUAUUAAGUAAAAUAUUUGUGGGCACCACAAUGCUAUGUUCUGAAAAUACCUCUGCAAAUGUAGAAACCGAAAUAUUAUAGGAAUACUGUUUUGUACGAGUAAACACUCACUAGCCUUGCUAUGGCUUGAUCUUUUGCAGUUACUAUUGAUGGAUCACUAAGAUGAUUAUCAGCUACCCCAAGAAUGAGGAACUGAGGGCACACCAAUGUUUUUAGAUGAAAGUGUGGGGCUUGUUCUCUGCCUGAGAAUGUUUGUGCCAGGAGAUCUAAAAGAUUAGUCAGAAUUUGGCAUUUGGCAAGAGGGAGAAAAAGUAGGUGUAAGUUUUUGGUGCUGUCUCAUAGAAGCAGUCUUGCGGGGCUGUAGGGGUGCUUUCUUGUUUGGGUUUAGAGACUGUUUUGGGAUAGGCACUACUGUCCAGUUUGUCUGCUUGUAAUUAUAACUGCAAACUCUUAGAGUUGUGAAACCAGUGGUUUACCAGUGGAGUUUUGUUGUGUCCCUGAGAAAUGUGGGUGCACAAUGUCAGCAUUUACAACAAAGAAAAUGUGUGAUGGAACCAUGCAGGGUGGAUAGGGAGUCAUUAGGUAUUAUGCUGGGUAGCAAAGUGUACAAGGAUGAUGAAUGCAUUGCCAAUGCUCGUCCCCGUCCCCCCCAUUCUCCCUUCCCAUCCCUUUUCCUUUUGUGUCAUGUCUUUCAAGUUGUAAGCCUGAGAACAGGAGGUGACUUAUUACUGAUAUGUGUAAGCUCCUCCAGGAGUGGUUUAGUUGUUGUUGUUUUGGCUGAAGAGUGGAGUGAAAAUGCUUUCAAUAAAUACACAAGUGUAUAAGUGGUGUACUUGUUGGAGUGUGUGUGUGUGGAGAUUUUGAAACUUUGAUUUUUAUUUUUUUAAAAGGCACAGGGUGUUCUCUUCUUUAUGAGUGAGCUAAUGGGUAUUUUACAGGGCUAGUAACAUUUUAUUUUUUUCCAUUCUAUCUGUAUGGCUGUACAACAAGUGAGACUUUUAAUACCAAGAUAGAAAAAGGCUGCUGGAUGAUGUCACUGGUCUCAAUGUCACCGAAAGUGCCAAAUCAAUCCACAGACUCGAGAGAGGCCUGUCUAGACAGAUAUAUAUGGGUAGAUAAUAAGAAAAAAGCCCACUGUUUCAGUUCUACUGCUAGAAUCUAAAGGACUGCAAUUUUGUUCAGCUCAAGAACUACAAAGAUACUAGUCCCAGCCCAUUAUUCUAUACUGUUGUGGGUUUGGUGAGGGGUAGUCAGUGUGUUGCCUGAGUCCCUUCUAAUUCGUGAGUCCUGGAUCCAGCAUGGUUAAAAAUCGAAUGGAGAAUUCCAUUCUUCUGUGUGUGAGUUAAUAGUCCUAAGGACCAUCUUAGUAUGACAAAAUAAGUAGCACUGUGCCAGAGGGCAAAUAGCAAAUAGGUGGGCCCCUCCCUCACCUGACUGGUAGUGAGAAAAACAAAAGCCAGAGUGUGUGUGAGUUGGGCACGAAGCAGGCAGCAACCAGAGAGGCAGACCCAUGCUUGAUUUCUCCUUUAUUCCAAGGCUGUGAAUACUGUAUGGCAGAAGCAAGAACGUUUGGGGUGUAAAUGCUGUGAGCCUCUCUAUCGUAGGCUCAGGUUGUAAGGUAAAGGUAAAGGGACCCCUGACCAUUAGGUCCAGUCGUGACUGACUCUGGGGUUGCAGCGCUCAUCUCGCUUUAUUGGCCGAGGGAGCCAGCGUACAGCUUCCGGGUCAUGUGGCCAGCAUGACUAAACCGCUUCUGGUGAACCAGAGCAGCGCACGGAAACGCCGUUUACCUUCCCGCCGUAGCGGUACCUAUUUAUCUACUUGCACUUUGAUGUGCUUUCGAACUGCUAGGUUGGCAGGAGCAGGGACCGAGCAACGGGAGCUCACCCCGUCACGGGGAUUCAAACCGCCGACCUUCUGAUCGACAAGCCCUAGGCUUUGUGGUUUAACCCACAGCGCCACCCGCGUCCCUAGGUUCAGGUUGUACAUAUGUGUAAAUAAACCAUAUAGACACCACAAUCUCCACUGUCUCUCAUUCCAAGGAAACUGAACCCUGGAUAAGCUCCUGGAGCCUGGAACAAUACUAUUCUAUUCAAUGCCUUUUUGGUGCAGCAUUUAUGUCAUUGGCAGAUGCACCGCACUGGAAUCCAACAUAGCUUUCUCAGUCUGUAUGGCCUGCUUCCUGAAAGUUGUGCAAGGUUGUCCCAAUGCACCAAGGCAGUCCAGAGGGAAAAUGUUUGAGAACCACUGCUUUCAAGGAUAUGACUUCACAACUAUGGACCUCAAGAUUUGUUUUGCAUUGUACAACUCGUAUGCGCCAAGGCUUGAACUCUGUUCCUGCAGAUUGCAGGGUCGUGUCACCUCUGUUAAGUUCAAAGGAACAGCAAGGCAAAACUGUUUGUUCUUCCAGGGACUUACAUCAUCUGUGAGAAAAUAAUCUCUGAAAGCACGUCAGUAUCGAGUUUUGCUCAAACUAUCUAAUAUCUUGUUGCUGUCAUUUAUUUCCCACUGGUGCUAUUAUGCAGAUGGUGUAUCUUGCUCCUUCGUGCUGACUCACUGUGGGCACACCGUAUCCUAGAAUAUGAUAAGGGCCACUUGGCUAAGUCCGGCCCCCCCUCCCAGGUGUGGAGGAUCAGUGUUGGUGACUGCCCUUGGUGGCCUUCAGUGUAAUUCCAACCCUGAAAUUAUGCAUUAUGCUUGAUGAGUAUAUGUCUUUGCAUCACCCAAGCAGAAAGGAGGGCUAGGCCUUUUAAAAUGGAGCAGCAAAUCCAGAGGAACGCUCAGGCUAGGCUGCUGAGUAACGUUUUGUAUUAAGCGCUUUAGAAAACCUGAUGCUAGAAUCUUCCCGAGACUGUGGCUGUACCACAAAGUGUUUCCAUUUUUAUUAUUUAUCAUCACAGUUUGAUCCCAACAGUGAUCUUAUAUGAGGAAUCUCAUUUUAUCCUUGCAGUAACACUGUGAGGGAAAGACAGGCCCUGAGAGACUUCCUGAACCUUUCUAGGGAAUGUCAUAGCCAGGAAGAGAUUUAUACAUGGGAUUCUCAUAUCAAAACAACAAUAAACUACACUGACUCUCUCACUGCCAGUGGCAUGGCUUUGAAAAAUGUCUAUUGAUGUCACUACUGUCAUUUCUGAGAGACUCUUAAUUCUGUUCAUGCUUAGAUGGGCCACUGCUGGUUUUUUGUUUUAGGUAAUUAGUAAAAAUCACUCCCUUUCAUUUGCAUCAAACAGCAAGCCUGCUUAUUUUUAAAAUAUAAUUAUUUUUGUAUAAAUGCCUAUGUCCUGGUCUUGGUCUUAUCUCCCACCAGCAGUAACAGCAUUGCGGAGUCAUUCUGAUGUCACAGGUAACUUAUUUAAUCUGACCGAAAGAGAUAACAAUGUUUAUUUAAAGCCUUGUUUUAAAUGGGAAGCAGAGGUGGGGGAACCACAAGACAGCACUCCGAAAUGUUAGUUUUAAGAUCUGGUGAUUGCUUGGCUAUAAAGUUACAUUAACUUAAUCAGGAAACAGAUAAGAAGUCUAACAGUAAAAAUGGCAGACAUGUGUUUUGGUUGGACUUGGGCUUCACUGAGGUGAGUGGGGAACACUCCCAGGUACCUGUGUCUAGUAUUGCACCCUCAUGUUCAUACAGAUAGACAGACAGAUUUGUUACUCUCCUUUUUUGCACCAUUGGUUUGCUCUUUAGCUCUGCCCAGUUAAUAGCACAGCACCUCCUUCUUCCAUCACAACAUUUUUUGAGUGUGAGUGAGAUAAAGAAGUGAGGCUGAUGGUUGGACUUCCUAUCACCAAAUUGUCCUGUCUGAACUAUUAAGAUGUGUGACUUAAAUACCCACUGUUUAAAGAACUGCCUCCUCCCAAACCAUCCUUCCCACUCCUGAAGGCAGGUGUGGAGAACCUUUGGCCCUCCAGAUGUUGCCCUAGCUGGCAUACCCUAUGUUCUGCCUCCUGGUCAGAACUGCUUUGAAAGAAAGGAAUCAAGACAAGCUUUUAAUUUGCUUGGUUAGGUUUUUAAUAGCCUGAAGCUCAACUUGGUUUUUAAUUGGUUCCAGUUGGCCUUUUGCUGCUGCUUAAUUUGUUUUUUAUGAAAUAUUGUUUUGCUUUCAAACGAUAUAAUCUUCCCUGAGCGCUGUAAUUUUUUCUUAAAUCUUUUUCAACUGCAGAAUGGAAGGAUAUGCGUUUUCUCGAACAGAUAAAUAAAUAAUUGCGUGUGAAGGAAUAUUUCGGUGGAAUGAAGACAUGUUCGUGUUCCUACAGUGAGAGGAGUAGAUUUAUACAGGCAAAUAUAGAAAUGCAGACAGAUCGCAGCUCCAGGAAUUUGGAGUCUUGCUUUCAGAGAUGGCACAAUAAUCUGUGUACUUGUCACACCAAGCUUUGACGGCUGCAGUGCUUUAGCUGGUUUGAAAUGCAGCCCCCCAAGCCCUCAUGGGGCAGUUAGGUGGUUGUAUCUUGGGACACCAUUGUUGUACCAGCCACAUUGUUUCCCACUCUGCUUCCAUUCCCAACUUCAUGGAAUCAUUUGCCCAACAUGGGGCUCAGACUCACAACCCUGAGAUUAAGAGUCUCAUGCUCUACCAAUUUGAAGUGGUGGCUCUAACAUUUUAAAGCCUUUAAACAGCUUGGGUCCAAGUUACUCCAAGAACCUACUGCACCUGUACCCCUCUUGCCUACAUAUUAAAAUCAACAGUGGAAAACCUUCUCAUUUGUCCACCUGUGAGAUCAGUGAAACUGGUGGGCAUGAGGAAGAAGCUUUCUCCAUAGUAGCCAUGUGGCUUUGAAGUCACUGCCAGCUGACCUUUGUAAAGCUUUUGGGCUUUAGGUUUUCGGAAAUGGCUUUGGCCCACUUAUAUAAACUGGUGUUUUGAUGACUGGUGCCAUCGGGGCAGGACUUUGGAUCUGCAGUCCAGGGCCUGCUCAGCAGAAUGAGCAGAAGGCCCCCUAAAUGCAUCAAGGCUGCCCUACCACAUUUUGAAUUGCCAUCUAAAGAGGGAGGCCACAAUAAUGCCAUUUAGUCCAGAGUCUAAAAUUAUCUAAGUCUGCCUGCAUGCUCCCUGUCAAGGGCAUGUCAUCAGUGUACGUCUACUAUUCAUAUGGAGCAGUACAGAAUUUUUAUUCUUCUUCUCGAUCAAGUGGUCAUGUCAUCAUCAGAGUCUUUUUUCUCCCAGCCCGCAGGCAUCUUUUUGCCCAUUGUAAAUUGGCAAGGCUGAUAAAAGUACUAGUGCCUCCGUAAGAUUUUCCUCCAAAGGCCAGCUACUAAGAAUGGCUUGCAUUGAAAUCAGAACAGCCAAGAACACAAAGUGAAAUUUUAAGAAUGAAAUGCUCCUUCAGCUUUAAUAGUUCCUAAGAGAAAUAGUAUAGAAUCCCUCUAGCUCUUUUUUAACAGUUGUGUCAACAAGUCAUCAGAAAUCUGUGCUAGUUAUCACACAGUUGGGGGAGGGACUCCAUCCCCCUUCUUGUCUGAGACUGAAUGCCCCACCUUUUGUCAGGGCAAUGACUAUGAUCAUGUGUUUUUCUUCCUUGAUGGCCCCUCUCAGCCAAUCUCCUGAGAAAGCUGGCUUGACUUAUCUGUUAGGCCUUGCUAAAUCCAUUGGUCAAACCAACACAUUUACUAAAUUCAGAAAUUAUGCGGAGAACCUGGCACCUAGGAAUUUUAGGAGAUUCUUGCCCCCUGCCAACCCAUAACAAUAUUAUAACUGCUGGGUGUGAUGCACAUGUAGGUCCAGCAGGACCCAGAUUAACACUAAUAUAACGUUGGAAUUCUCAUUCCACCAUAAUAAAAACAGUGCCAUUUUUUUACAUGUUUAUUCUCUGUUGCAUGUAUUGCAUCGUAAUACUCAGGAGUAGAUCUGGGGAGGAGAGGGAGAAGUUCCAUUGAAGAAGUGGAAGUCCUUGUGCAAAUGAAAUGGAUUUGUUGGAUUCAAUCCUGUGGGCUUUUACAUAUCUAAAGACGUGGUACUACUAGGUUAGCAACUUCACAGGCAGAACUAUAGCGUUUCAAGAUCCUUUCUUAGCUCUCCCUGCUUUUGUUUUUAUGAGAAAAGACAUUAACAAUACCCAGUUUAUAGUAAUUUACAUAGUGAGUAAAGUUUAUUUUAAAGUGGCUGCAAUCCUGUGCCUGUUGAAUUUUGCUAGUGCUGAAGAUUCUGGUUGUGAUAUAUAGAAAGAUGCUGUCUUUAUUUAUUUUACUCUAGUGAACAAAAAGCAGAAAAACAAACAGACAAAAUUGGUUCAGCUUCAAGGUUAGUUUUUAAAAAGAGAGAUGAAAAAGGAUCUGUAUUAUGUCUGACAGAACACUGUUCUUUUAUUGCAGAAUUGUUCGAUAUUGGAAGACACUUGCGAUGAAAUAUCUCUAA